UUACACCUGCACGGGAGGAGGGAGGAGUCCGGGCAGCAGGUAUAAGAAGACGAAGCGCAGGUGGGUUGAAGAUGUAGGGAAGCUACUGCUGCGAGGCGAGAUAAAGCGUUCGAAAUGGGGAACUGCAUUAUCAACAAUGGCUUUACGUCCUUCAUGCUGGUGGUCUGGAUGGCCAUCAACAUCUUUCUUUUUGUCUGGUAUUACUUCUUCUACGACCUGGGAGAUCAGUUUUUCUACACGCGUCAUCUUUUAGGGUCUGCACUGGCCUGGGCCAGAGCUCCAGCUGCCGUCCUCAACUUUAACUGCAUGCUGAUCCUCCUCCCAGUGUGCAGGAACCUACUGUCUCUGAUCCGAGGCUCCUUCGUGUGUUGCAGCAGAACAAUGAGGAAACAACUAGACAAAAAUUUGAGUUUCCACAAACUGGUGGCGUACACGAUUGCACUGAUGACAGCUGUUCAUAUGAUCGCCCACCUGCUGAACGUGGAGUGGUACAACAACAGCAGACAAGGCGUUUAUGAUAAACUCAGCACUGCUCUGUCUAACCUGGCGGACACGGAAAACACAACCUACCUGAACCCAAUCCGCAUAACCAGCCUCGAUCCGCAGCAGAUUCCCACCUACUUUGUGUUCACCACCAUCGCUGGCCUCACCGGCAUCAUCAUCACUCUGUCGCUCAUCCUCAUCAUCACCUCGUCCAUGGAGGUGAUCAGACGAAGCUACUUUGAGGUCUUCUGGUACACGCAUCACCUCUUCAUCAUCUUCUUCGCCGGUCUCGUCUUUCACGGAGCCGGGCGCAUCGUGCGGCGUCAAACGAAGACGGAUCCACCUCAUAACUUUACCCUUUGUAAGGACCGCAUUGACGACUGGGGAAAGAUUCCUGAAUGUCCCAUCCCUCAGUUUGAAGGAGGGUUCCCACAGACCUGGAUGUGGGUGAUCGGUCCAAUGGUUCUGUACAUCUGUGAGCGUGUGCUUCGUUUCAUUCGUUACCUGCAAAUAGUCAAAUACAGAAAGAUCGUGAUGCGACCGUCCAAAGUGCUGGAGCUGCAGAUGGUGAAGAGCGGUUUCAAAAUGGAGGUGGGUCAGUACGUCUUCCUCAACUGCCCGGCCAUCUCCCAGCUGGAGUGGCACCCGUUCACCAUGACCUCUGCCCCCGAGGAGGACUUCUUCAGCGUCCACAUCCGCUCGGCCGGAGACUGGACCAACAAACUCAUUGACAUCAUGCAGAAAUUACCAGAGGGGGCACAGGGACCCAAAAUGGGUGUGGAUGGACCUUUCGGCACAGCCAGCGAGGACGUGUUCGACUAUGAGGUCAGCAUGCUGGUCGGUGCCGGUAUCGGUGUCACCCCCUUCGCCUCCAUCCUCAAGUCCAUCUGGUACAAAUUCAAAAACUCCAAUCCCAAACUGCGCACCAGGAAGAUUUACUUUUAUUGGCUCUGUCGGGAAACCCACGCCUUCGAAUGGUUCGCCGACCUGCUGCAGGUGUUGGAGAGGGAGAUGGAGGAAAGAGGCAUGGUGGAUUUCCUCACCUAUAAACUCUACCUGACCGGAUGGGAUCAAAGCCAUGUUGAUCACGUGAAGGUUCGCUUCGAUGAGGACACGGAUGUGGUCACGGGGCUCAAACAGAAAACUCACUACGGCCGACCAGUCUGGGACAAGGAGUUCGAACAAGUCCGCAAAGAAAACCCUACGUCUGUGGUGGGAACUUUCCUGUGUGGCCCCGAGGCUCUAGGAAAGGUCUUGGAGAAGAAAUGUGCCAAAUACUCGGACGUGGAUCCUCGAAAGACCAAGUUUUACUUCAACAAGGAGAACUUCUGAGCAAACGGAGCCUCAGCACGUCGGAUUUGUGAAGGACAACAAUUAGUGGGGGAUUUCUUUCACCACGAACUAUCUGAGGUUAAUUGAUGGUGACAAUGCUGCCAGGCAGGACAGGUGUGUUUUGGCACAUUAAUCUAUACGGCUCCUACUAAGGAGGCAUGGCAUGUUGUUGUAUCAGCACUACUCAGGGACUGGCUCACUCUUUUGCAAUUCUAGCCUUUUACCGUGAUGAACACGGAAUCAUUUUGGUUGUGUAAGCUAUACUGAUUAUGUAAUCACUGUUUUAUUUUAGGUUACAUUCCAAAUGAAGCCAUGCUAGUUACCGAACAGGAUUAUAGAAAAGAACUUUAGCGUUACAAAGACACAUGGACCUCAGUUGCACCUUCAAUUAGAACAGUAUGCAAUGGGAUGCUCUUCUUUGAAGGUACAACCUUUGGCUACAAUCAAUUAUUUCCACUAUCAGAAAUGUCCAGAAUUAGUGAGCAUUGACCAAAUGAAUGUCUUCAAACAUCUCUUCUUAUCCAGCCAAUUAUCUAAAACCCAUAUUUAGCAAUCUUGACAAAUCAUAUUUUUAUCCGAUUCAUUUUGUUGACUAGUUGUUUUAGCUCUAAUGUAGCAUAUUUUAGCUGUCCUAAUAAUCAGAAUGUACUUAUGAUUGAAUAAAGUGUAUAUACUGUACAUAACAUGUUGUGUUUAAAUGCAUGGUAAUGUGUUAGAAGGUAAAAGAACAACUAUUGAGCUCUAUAAUAUUUUAAAUUGGACACCUAAAGAUUUAUGGCUUAAGGAAACAGGUUUCUGGCAAACCAACAAUAGGUCGUAAAGACUGACCGGUUAUUUCCUCAUCAAAUGAUAAGAAAUCAGGAGGAAGACUCCUGUUACCUGUGGUUAAUAAUCCUCUGAAGUUACAGGAAAGAACUUUUUUUGUACUCACUGUUUUUAAAAGGCGUUCCUCAUGUACAACUCGGAACUCUCGUAAAAUAAACAAACGCAAUCAAGG